AUGACUUCUGAGGAUCCAAAUGAUUUGGAGAUUUCCGAGAGUGAAAUUAGCGAUCUGGUACCAAAUUUUCGAGGGUUGUACUCUCUUUGUUUUCACUCCAAGUGUCAACAUCCUCCUUUGAAUAAUGAAGAUGAUAUUCGAGAACUAUUUUCUCCUGUCGCACCCAUUGCUGACAUCACUGACUACAAAGGUCUCCAGUUUGUUCGUUUCUCUACAAAAGAACUUGCCAUCAAAGCUUUGAAGGCAUUUCGGACGAAGCUUCAGAUCAAGGUGGCUGAUCAGAAAAAGAACUCAACAAUUGAAAGUCCAAAUUCUGAUGUACGGAAUCAUAUUCGUACCAAUAAACGAACAACCAACAAACAUUCACACAAUCAUUCAUCACGUAACAGUUCAGAUGGUAUUUUGAUGUAUAUGGGGAACAUUGAUGUGAACUCAACUGAGGAAGAGAUCCAAGAAUUUUAUCAGGAAUUGAUAUUUUAG